AUGAAAACGACCGUGAUUCAAAUCGUAGCUUUCGCCUGCCUGCUGGGGCUUGUGAUGCCCUUGCCAGAAGGUGACCAAUUCCUGGACGCGGAGUGCGGAAUCCGAGCUCAACAUCGUAGCAAGCGAGUUGUAAAUGGCACAGUCGCCGACAUGACCUCGAGUCCCUGGAUGGUUUUUCUGCGUGAUGAAGAUUAUUUCAUUUGCGGUGGAACUCUGAUAUCUAACCGACUGGUGCUGACGACAGCUAGUUGUAUCAAAGGUCACAAAAAUCUUAUGGCUCGGCUCGGAGAGUAUUGGAGACAUCAAGAAAGUAAAUGUUUUGGAACAUACUGUACUGAGCGCGAGGAGCAUCCAGUGGAAAAGGCAAUCAUACACCCUUACUACAAUUCAAUAAGGUUUGUUAACGACAUAGCAAUCCUACUGCUGCAGGGAACAGUGGUUUUCAAAGCGAACAUCAGGCCUAUCUGUAUCGCUAGGAACACCGUUGAGUGGGCAAAGUCUAUCAACGAGAUUCAGAAGCUGACCGGUACUGGCUGGGGCUAUACCGAGAACGGGAGGACUAGCAAUGAGCUCAGGACACUGGAAAUCUGGCGACAGACGCCUGAUGUCUGUGCUGAGUUUGUUGGUUUAAACGUUACCAGCAAACAGUUUUGCGCUGGAAGCCGGACAAGCACCAUGUGCAACGGUGAUUCCGGCGGUCCGGUUGGAGCAAUGAUUUCGACCACAAAGGGCGAUCGCUUUGUCCAGAUCGGAAUCGCCAGUUAUACGAACUAUCAAUGCAGAAGGGCCGUCGUUUUCACUGAUGUGCUGAGCCACAUCGAUUUCAUCCUCAGUGUGUGGCGUCAAUACAGCAGUUAA